AUGGAAUCCCUGUUCAAAUUCCUGCUGCAGGAGGAUUCCCCCGGGGAGUCUUUCGAUCCCCGAGCUGCGCGGCCCCACUGCAAGGUGUGCGGGGCGGACGCCUGGCUGCAGUGGGACGGUCACUACGCCGACUACUGCAGCAGGAGCUGCAGAGAUAAGCACGUUGGUGAUCAGAGCCCCCUUCCAGCUCCAGGACCCCCCCAUCCUUUACAACGCCGCGGGGGAGGGACUAAGGGGCCUCCUGACAUGCUAGGAGAGAGGCAGGCGCAGCUGCAGCAGGAGAAAGAAGACCAAGGCUGCAGCUGCGAAGAAAGCCGUCCUGGGUUUUCUCCUACUGCUGCUGCUCUAGGAGCAUUUGCAGAGGCUGCAGCUGCGAAGAAAGCCGCUAGAGCCCUGCGGCAGAAGGCCCCUCGGAAGGCACUUGCCAGGGGCUCCAUAGGGCCCCGUAUGGAAGGGGGCCCCCCCUCGGCAGCCGCCACACCUAGGAAGAUGCCCAGCAUCGUCCCGAGCGGUUCUGAGGAUAGACAGCCGCUGCAGAGACAGCGCACUGUUGCGCGGUUUGUGGAACAGGGGGAAGAUGCCGUAGAACUGCAGACUGCGUUGAAGGAAUAUCAAGAAAACUUAAGCCGCCAACGGCAGAAGCUCGAAGAAGAGAGGACUGUUUCUGGUGCUGCUGCCGGUGCCGAUGCGGAGCAUCUUCGCAGAUCUGUAAUUACUGCGGCAACCGCUGGUGCUGAUGCUGAGCCAACUGCAGAGCAGAAACGGAAGGAAACAGAAGCAUCAAUCCAGCUGCUGCAGCAGGAGCGAGCAAAGUACGAGGAGCAAAUGAAGGCAAUCAAAAAGGAAUCAGAGCAGCAGCUGCAACUGCACAAGGAGGAACUCGUAGCAGAAGUAAAACGCCUAGCAGCCGAAGAAUUCGACGUCCAGAAAGUUCUGGAGAAAGAGCUGGGGGAGGUCCGCGCUUCCCUGCAACAUCUCAGGCAACAACAGGAGCAGCAGCGGCAGCAGCAGCAGCAGCUGCUUCAGAAGGAGCUUGAGGAACACAUUCGGGCCCAGCUGCAGCAUAAUCUGGAACAGCAGCUGGGGCGAAAACUCAGGGAGCAGUUGCAGGAGGAAGUGGGGCAGCAGCUUCAACAGCAACUGCAGCGGAAGCAGGAACAUCUGAAGGACUCUGAUGGUGCAGAAACGAUUGAAGUGCGGCGGUCGAAAGAACGUUUGCUACGGGAGGAGCUGUUGGAGCAGCAGCUGCGACAGGAGAAGCGGCUGCAGCAGCAACUCCUGCAGCAGCAGCAGCAACAAGAGAAGCUGUUGCAUCAACUCCAGCAGCAGGAGCAGACGCUGCAGCGGCUGACUGUUGCCGCAGGGCAGCGCAGCAGUGCAAGCGGACAUCUGAGGCCCUCUUACAUAGGGGAGGAGAUGGCAUACGACCAACAGCUGAGAGAUUUGCUCCUUCAGGGCCUAUUUAGCCAUCUCAGGACACACGACAGCCAGCGGCAACAGAGCGCGCAAGACCAGCAGCAACAGCAGCAGCAACGGCAGCAACAACACACGACAGCCAGCGGCAACAGAGCGCGCAAGACCAGCAGCAACAGCAGCAGCAACGGCAGCAACAAGAUACACUAG